UGUUUCUUCGGAAAGUAUAGCAACUCCUUUGGUGCAGGAUCGCGUUGACGUUGGCCAGUUUUAGAGUGAGCAUUUCCAACCAUCGCAGCUCUGGAUGCGCAUUACGCUCGCAGCCAAAGGAAAUUGGUGCAGUGUAAACAAACUGACUGCAGUAGAAACUAGUGACUACUGGCUACUAACUACGGGCAUUCGCUCACAGAUCACCGAAGGGUUUUUUUUUUUUUUUGCGUAUAAAUGUUAAUUUGACCUGUCAGAUGGACCAUCCAUCUGACGGUUCGUUAACCAAAUGAGUCCAGUGAUGACCGACAAGCAAGAGGCGGAGGACACCACCAGAUCCGCGUCCGGCAGCGCACCCUCACGACUCGGCCGGCCGCCGGGCGAGCGCCUCCCUGGCCCGAAGACCAGUGUGUGCUCCCGCUCGUACUUCGUGGUGGUGAUGGUGUUCUUCCACGUCUACAUCAUCAAUGUGAUCGCCCUGCUCUUGUACGUGCACUACAGCAGCGGACAGGAGGAUGCCAGUCCGGCUCCUCCUCACGACGAUGCCCCGAGCAGCGACAAGCGGAACCCACAGUCGCCGCGUCCACCAUCGAAGGCACCGUUGCCGCGUGACAUUUCUCUCCCGCGCAUCGAGGGCAUUCGAGUUGGACAUAUUCAGAAAGUGUCACUGGUGCCCGGUAAACUCCACGAAAUGAGAACUUUGAGUCUGAAACCUUUGCUCUUUGAAAUCCCUGGGUUCUUGUCAGAGGAUGAGUGUCGUAUUGUGAUGCAGCUGGCACAGUUAAAGGGUCUAAUGGAAAGUCAGUUAAUGGUGCAAGACGGUCAGGAGGAGUUGGCCAAGGAACUCAACCUCAGCCCAGAAGAGAUCUUCAACCUUCUUGAUAUCAACCAGGAUGGACAGCUGCAGCUCCAUGAGAUACUGACUCAUUCUCGAGUGAGGGAUGGCAUUUGGCUUACACCAGAGAAUUUGCAAGAGAUCUAUAUUGGGCUCAACGCAGACAAAGAUGGGAAUGGUUUGCUGAGUUUAGAAGAGUUUGAGCUCCUGAGUCCCGAUGCCUUCCAGCGCUUUUUGCUGCAACAGGGGGUUAAAAGGAGCCAGCUGGUGAGGAACAGUAGACACACUUGGCUAUACCAGGGAAAAGGAAGCCAUCAGGUCCUUCAGGACAUUAAGAAGAGGGUAACACGCCUCACCCGUCUCCCGACCACAUUGGUGGACCUAAGUGAGCCGCUGCAGGUGGUUCGCUAUGAAGAGGGCGGGCACUACCACGCUCAUCAUGACAGCGGGCCCUUCUAUCCAGAAACCGCCUGUUCUCACACGCGUCUCGCAGCCAAUGCCUCCACCCCUUUUGAGACAUCUUGCAGGUACAUCACUGUUCUCAUCUACCUGAACUCUGUUGAAGGGGGUGGGGAGACUGCAUUCCCUGUGGCAGACAACAGGACCUUUGAAGAAGUGUCUCUCAUUCAGAAUGAUGUCGAUCUUUUGGACACCAUGAGGAAUUGUGACAAGAGUAACCUUAGGGUGAAACCAACCAAAGGGAAAGCUGUUUUCUGGUACAACUACCUUUCGGACGGAAGAGGAUGGGUGGGAGAGCAGGAUGAAUAUGCUUUGCAUGGAGGUUGUGUUGUCACCCACGGCACUAAGUGGGUCGCCAAUAAAUGGAUCAAUAUUGAUCCCGAUUACCAGCGUCAAGCUCGCUACGAGCAGCUGGUGUCCCAUCAGCCAGAGGAUGAAGAUGAUGAAGAUCUGACACUGAAUUCCAAUAUACAUCAAGAAUUGUAGCUCAUAAUCCAGGCCCUGCCCCCUCUGUCCUGCACACAGCACAUUUGGUGACCACAGCAUUUAUUCAUGGAAUGAGGUCACAGUGGUUUUAUGCAACUUUAAAGGCACUAUUGUCACAUUUUGUUUGAUUUUGUUAUCCUGUUAUUUAUUGAAUCGACUGGUUAUACCGUUUCGGGAAUGUUGCACUAAAAUGUCCUACAAAGAAACUGUAGAACCCAAUUGCAUGAAAUAGCUGCACGUUUUGCUGUUGCUAUAAAAUUGCACUUAACUGAGAUUGCUAAUGAAAACAUUUUAGAAUAACUUAUUGUUGCAAUGACCAAAAAAUACACACACCUGUGUAACGCAUGUUGCCUUGUCUUUGCUCCUUUAAUCCAUUUUUAUUGUUUAUUGUUGAUAUACUGUAUAUGUAUUUCCCUAAUGAAAUUAAAUCAAACGUCUGUGUAUUGUAUGUUUCAAUAUUACACCAUUAUCAAUCACUGGAGUGAGUGAAUAACAUUACUGAGUGUCAGGGAUUAAGUAUCUAGACAUUCAUUCAUUCAUCUUCUUGGCCGUUUAUCAACACCAGGGUCACGGGGUCACUGGAAGCUAUAGGCCCUACUCACAUGACGUCACAACCACGCCUCCGCGCCAUAUUGUGCGUCAGCUUGUCGGGUUUAAGCAUUACCGCUACAUAAAUUCCUCCUAUUAUGGCGUGUUUUUCUGCUCGUUAACAUUAAUAAUCAAAAUGGUGAAGGCGUGUGUGGCGGU